AUGGAACCUGUCGGGCCACACCGUGCGCUGCCACAUCACGGCGGCUGGGCGCCGUCAACCCGCAGCCCGACAACUUCCCUCUCCGGUGCGGCCCCGACAGAUAAUCCGUACAUGCAGUGCUUUCAACAAAACCCCACAGUUGCUGAUUAUCAAUCGCCUGCCUUUGUACGGCGCAACGCCUCGCGCUCUGCAUCGAUGACGGAGCGGGGUAGGCGGCUGAAAGGCAAGGACGGGGCAGCCCCCUCGCUGCGUACUAGCGAGCACAAUCUGCGUCCUCCAGGUGUCGGGGUGUUGAGGGCUGAGGGAAGCAGCACGUCUGCCAUGGAGCCGACGACAGUUGCGGAACUGCGGCGACUGCUGUGUGUGGAGCGGGCGAUGCGGCUUGCGGCGGAGCGACGCACGCUUGAGGAGGUGGAGCGUGGGGUGAGGGCCGCGAUCACCAUUGAGGCGAACUACGGCUCCAGGCUUCUCUACUCCAUCUUUCUGGAGGCACGCGCGUCCACAGCUCCCGCGACUGCCGCUGCGACGCCGUGGGUGGGCCGCAGAAGUGAACCCCAAUCCCUGUUUUCGGCCCCUGCGUCUUGCGACAAGGGCUCUCCGCCGGCGCGAAUUGCGUCAGGUGCUGCCGCGGAUGCCGCCACUUACAGGCAGCUCGUGGAGGAGAAUCGUCAACUUCGGGAAGAGGUGCUGCGGUACAAGUCCAUCGACACGGAGGACAGGUACGAAAUAAAUGAGCUGCAUCGAAAUAUGCGGGCCGCGAUUGACAGACUGACCCUUGAGCGAGACACGUUGCACAUGGAGUUGACCCAAAGCCUGUCUCGACCCAAUGCGGCGCUAGGGGGGUCGUCAGAGCGUGGGAGGAUAUCGCCGAAGACUACAACAGAGCGGUCGUCGUGGCACUACAGACAUGUGGUCGACCCAACUGCCGUCAACAAUGAGGAGUCCCCCGAAUAUGCCUGUCGCCUGCGGAUCCUACCGUUGCCAUGA